UUUAGUGCUUUCGUGCUCUGCUAUCCGUGUUCCUUGGAUUCACUGUUUGUAAAAAAAACCAAAAAAAAAAACCAAAACAACUUGAUACCACGUUGAUACGUCGAAUUAGAUUUGUUCUUAAGUAUAGAAAAAAAAAGGCUGAGAGUGGAAAUCGGUUUAGAUACAGUGGUCUUCUUCAUCAACAAUGUUUACAUCUGGUUUCCCCAUCAUACCCCCUAAUUCCAGUAGUCCUGUGGUAUCUUCUGCUCGCAACAGUUGGAACCAACAUCCACCAGAAUCUAUGCCUUGGGGUUCUUUACCACACCAUAGAGUUACAAGGUUUUCAGGUGAACUAGAUGCACAAGAACCAUGCCCUGCACAAACUGAGUCAUUAUCAGCAUGGAAUACUCUCCAAGACAACUGGAAACUAAUACCUCUUCCCUCCCCACUUAAACGAAAAAUUGAUGAGCCAAGUGAAGAGCAAGUUAGAAAACAGUUGAUUACUGAGGAUAAAAUUUCAGCUCACCUGAGUCAACUUCAAAUAGGUUCCCCCACGUCAGAACAACCAAGAUUAGAUGCGAUGGAAGACGAUAGUACCACAGCAACGUCUUUGGAUGGUGUGAAAAUUGACGCUUGCUCCAAAUUAAUUCUGUCGGAUGAAAUUCGCAAUUUUCAGCGUGAAAAUAGCAUCCCUCAGUGUCUGCUUGAAAGUUUCAAUAGACCGUCAAUGGCAGUGGUUUUGUGGCAACCGCGGAGUGCUGUCCAUCAGCUUGUCGAUAGAGAUGCAAGCCCAUGUGAAGAACAGUCUCGCAGCUUACGAUCAGAAGCGCUAGAAGGAAACUCAUCAAAUGACCUGGAGCUCAUUAACGAAGAGGAAAGUAAUAACAAUGAGCCAAUUAAUAAUUUUAACAUGAACGAUGAGCACCAACUGGAUCUCGAAAUGGAUGAUGAUCUCUGAUUUUCUUUUGAUGAAAUGUGUGAGUUUUAUUUUGAUAAAUAAAUUUUUUCGACUAA